AUGUUCAAACGAAUUUGGCAAACGUCGAAACUAGGACUGCGUACUUACUCUAGCGGUAGUAGCAACAAAAAGGUUGCAAGAGCCAGUGAGGACUGGUCCAAGCAGUUCGGGGGUGACCCUAUGCAGACUUUGAAAGGAGUUGUAGAUCUUACCGACUCGUCUAGUCGCAGUGCUGUUGGGUCAGAAUUUUUACCGCGCAUUGACUCUGGUACCUAUCGCCCAUUUGAUCUUGGUAUAGCAUCAACACGGCUAGCUCACAAGAACGCUCGUGCUGUGACAAAAGUCGACAAGUUCAAAGUAACUGGAAUCAACCCGCUGGCCCUCUGGAAACAUCCUUCAGCUCUCAGCCAGUUCAUCACCACAAAUGGCAAAAUCAUCCCAGGCUAUAUGCACGGCACCAAAGGCAAGAACCAAAAGCGCUUAUCAAAAGCUAUUCGUCGUUGUAGAGCAGCUGGUCUUCUGUCCCAUGUUCACCGCGGCGUUGAUCAACUCAGCCAAAACCAGUAUCGUUGA